CGGGUGUUUCGUCGCACCCCUCACCUCCACACACCCUCUCCGAUCUUCCAUAUAUCGCACCCUCCACCCGCGAUGGCGAUGAUCUGGCUGUCCCUCGCAGCGGUCCUGGUGGCUCUCCUCCCCUCCACACCCAUCGCUCUCGAGUGCAAUGCGCCCAACGCGGGAGCACUGUCAUCCAUCCCCCACUGCGUGCCGCUCUCUGACGAAGCCAUCUUUUACUGGCGCUUCGACGACAGCCGAGGAAAGAUCCAGCUCGGAGGACACUUUAAGGCGGCCGGAUGGGUCGGAUUGGGCCUGUCAGCAAACGGCGGUAAGUGCGCAAUGCAGAUCUCACGGUUGCCGCAUCGUCACGCACUGGCGUACUUGUUGAUCUGCCCGGCGUGCAGGCAUGAAGGGUGCUGACAUCAUUGUGGUCCGCGAAGGCAGCAACGGCACAUAUGUGGUGGAGGACAUGUUCUCCACCGACUACGCGAUGCCCACGCUCGACGCACAGCAGAAUGUGGAGCUGAUCUUCGCCAACCGCACUGGACAGGAGACCGUGUUUCUGGUUGAGCGGGAUAUAGAGCCGUGCGACAUAUGGGAAGACUUUGACAUCAGCAAGGGAGAAAUGAAGGUAGGUAUGUCGUGGCCUUAAUGGAUGGAUGGACGGCUGGAUGGGUGCAGUGUAGCCACAGCAGCUGCGUGUGUUGCCCGUGUGUGUGUGUAUGUGCGUGUGUGUGCAGGUGAUCGCCGCGUGGCAAGCUGAAGAGAUCCACGAGCUGAUGUAUCACGGGCCGGCCAAGAGGGUCACCAAGGCACUCAUUCUCAGAGACCACGACCAGAUCAGCCCCAUCGAGCAGACACCGGGCAUCCAGACCGUCGACAUUCAGAUGCCUAACGUAAAUAACACACUCAUCCACUCAUCCAUCCACUCGCCGAGCCGAUCCACAGACAUGCACCCAUCGCAUCGUUUUUUCUUGUUUGUAUGUUUUGGUGUGGUGUGGUGUGGUGUGCAGGUGACCAUCCCGUCCAAGCACACGACGUACAUGUGUCUGCCCGUGGUUUUGCCCGACGACCGCAAAUACCAUAUGGUAGCCAACGACCCAUUGAUCUCUCCUCAAAGGGGCGGCGACCUCGUCCAUCACAUGAUCAUCUACCACUGCGACGCACCGGAAGAGCGUAUGCGCCAUACAGACAGACACCCACCCACCCCACACACACAGACAGAGGGAGGGAGGGAGGGAGGCAUGAUUGUUCAUGUGUGUGCAGCAUCGUCCUGGUUGAGUGGUCCCAAGCCGUGUGGCGAGAUGAAAUGCGGCUUCUGGGCUGGCUGGGCGGUCGGUGGCGGCAGGUGGGUCGCACCAGAGCAGGCGGGCAUGCCCAUGGGCAAGGGCCAAGGGUCGGCACGAUACGUCAUGCUCGAGGUGAGACACACACACACACACACACACGGAGGCCCGGAAGGCGCCCUAGACGCCCUGCAUAUCAUUUUGUGUGACACGCAGGUGCAUUAUGACAACCGUGAGUUCCUGGAGAACAUCACCGACAGCAGCGGCUUCAGGCUCUUCUAUACGGAUGACCUACGGACACACGACGCCGCCGUGCUCACACUGGGCCGGCCACUGGAGUCGCUCAAGAUCCCACCUGGCGAGAGCUCAUUCCUCCUCUCCAAUGAGUGCCCGGGGUGAGCUGCUGCACGACACGAGCCACAAAUGCAGGUGUCAUGUCGGUGGCUUGGAUAUCUGUGUGCUUAUCAAAACAUACAGUGAGUGCACUUACAAGAAGCUGCCGGCUGGCGGGCUGACGGUGUUCGGUGUGGCCCUCCAUGCACACGAGUACGGCACCUCCAUCAUCACGCGACACAUCAGAGGUGCGGGGCGUGGCGUGAGCGAGAGGGCGGGGCGACAGACAGACACCAACACGGAUACCUACCGAGCACAGAUGAGAUGUGUGUGUGUGUGGUGUGCAGAUGGGAAGGAGCUGGCUCCCCUGGGCCACCAGCCCUACUACGAUUUCAACCAUCAGCAAAUGGACUACGUCGACUCACGAAAGAUCCUGCCGGGCGACAGAUUCAUCACCGAGUGAGCUACCCACCACCACCAGGCGCCCCCACUGGUCAUUUCCUCUUCCGUGUGCCGUCUGUCUGUCUGCCUGUCUGUCUGUCUGUUCAGGUGCGUCUUCAACUCAGAGAGGGCGGAUAAGCCCAUCCUCGGAGGUGAGUCCACCACUGAAGAGAUGUGCUUCGCCUUCACCUUGUAAGUAUGCGAACACACACACACGCCCACACGCGCACACACGAGCACGAUACACUGACGCAGAAGUGUCCCCCUGUGCUGUGUGCAGCUAUUACCCGAUGAUUAAGGGGUGGAGUUGCCUUGACUUCGUCGAGCAGCCAGGCUUCGACGACAUCAAGAAUGUCUCAGCGGACACCUCCUUCGCCCUGUGCAGCGGCGAGUCGCUCGCAGUCGACAGACGACAAAGGCGGAGGAGGAGGAUGCAAGUCGAGAACAACACUGACACCGACAGCAACAACAGCACAGAAAAGGCCAAUGAUGACGCUGAGGAAGACGACGACAAGGACAUCUCUCCCGAGGAGUUCAAGCGCCGCUUUGUGGGCUACAACAGGACAGAGCUCGACACCUAUAUCCGCUUGGAGGAGCCGAAGGCUGACCGGCUCAGCCUGGAGAGAUGUGGGGGCAAGAAGGAGGAGGGAAAGAUGCCAGUGGUCAAAAGCCAGGCCACCGGCAAUGAUGACAGUGGCGUCGGUGUGGUGGAGGUGAUGGGCGCUUCCGAUGCCACUGGGGCUGCCGCAAAACUGGCGUGUCCGGGGAUGCCGAUGCUCGUGGGGGUCGCCAUGAGUGUGCUGCUGAUGAUGUAGAGAUGGCGCAGAAUGAAGGUUUUUUCGUUUCAGACACGUGUGUGUCGACGUGAGGUCUGCAACAAGGCGG